ACACUGACUCAUCCAAUGACCUUGGUGACUCUAACCAACCCUGUGGAACAAGUGGCCUACCUCAUCGUAUUCCAUGUCAUCUUUGUGCUCUUUGUGUGGACAUACUGGAAAUCUAUUUUUACUCUCCCUCUGCAGCCAGAUAAAAAGUUCCAUAUGUCUUAUGCUGACAAAGAGCGCUAUGAAAAUGAAGAGAGACCGGAGGUGCAAAGGCAGAUUCUUGUCGAAAUUGCAAGGAAGUUGCCAGUGUACACAAGAACGGGGAAUGGAGCUAUUCGAUUCUGUGAUAGAUGCCAGCUAAUCAAGCCUGACCGUUGUCACCACUGUUCUGUUUGUGCUAUGUGUGUGUUAAAAAUGGAUCAUCAUUGCCCAUGGGUGAAUAACUGCGUUGGAUUUUCUAACUACAAAUUCUUUCUGCUGUUUUUAAUGUAUUCUUUGUUGUAUUGCAUGUAUAUUGCUGCAACAGUCUUCAAGUAUGUCAUCAAGUAUUGGACAGAUGAAUUGACCAAUGGACGUUCCAAGUUCCAUGUGCUUUUCCUUCUUUUUGUGGCAGUCAUGUUUUUUCUGAGUCUGAUGUUUCUCUUUGGCUACCACUGCUGGCUUAUCAGUAGAAAUAGGUCUACUUUGGAGGCAUUCUCUGCUCCGGUGUUCCAAAAUGGGCCAGAUAAAAACGGAUUCAAUCUGGGUUUUAAAAAGAAUCUUCAGCAAGUGUUUGGAGAGGAGAAGAAGCUAUGGUUACUACCAGUUGUAUCCAGCCAGGGUGAUGGACAUUCCUUCCCAAUGAGAAUGUUGUGUGAAUCACAGAAUCCACUGCUAGCAAAUGAAGAGCAGUGGGGAGAUGAUGGACUGGAUGAAGAGAACCAUGGUUACCAUGAAGGUUCAUCUCUUGCCAUAGAAAUGGAUACAUAGCAGCUUGCAAAUCUGAUGGUACAAAACUCACUCAGACAGGUCAACGCUUUAUUUUCAGCUUCUUCUCAGGAGCCAGCAUCUUCUCUUUGCACAAUGAAUUGAAGAUGAGGAAGGAAAUGGAUCUUCAGGAUAAGAAAAUAUGAUGAAGCGUUAUCUGAUUGGAAUCCUAACAUUCUAGACUGAUUGUCCAGAAUACCUGCUGGGCAGAUCUUUCAGGGCUUUACAAGUUCAGGGUGUUUUUUAAAUUAAUGUCUAAGUGGAGCAGUUCCAUUGAAAAUGGUCAGGGAAAACUGGCAUGAAUCAUUCCCUUUUAAUAGAUAAUAUAUAUAUGUAAAUAAUUAUAUCCAUAAUAGGUGAAAGGUGUUGGUAUAAAUGCAUUUCCACAGGCUUUCCCAUUGCUGCAAACACCAGGAACUCUAAAUCUCAGAAUACUUCAGGUCUUUAUAUUCCCAGGCAGGCUGUUUAGCUUGGGCUUGAUUCUUCAGCCUUUACUCACAGUGAGUAAAAUUUACACAUGAAUCAACAGAGUUGCUUAAGUAUUACUCAAUGUGAAUCAGGUUUGCCAAAUCAGGGCCUAAAAUUGGUGGAGCCCUUUGUGUGUACGUGCAGUGUAUAUUUAGAUAACAUACAAAUACAUGCAACUGUAUUUGUGCAUAAAAUACCUGCUCAUGCUGGCAGAAUCAAAGUUAAUAUGCCAAGACCACUGAUGCUUUUGUCUAGAAAUGCAUUAUCUGCCAUAAGAAUUUGAGGUUUACUGGCCUUAAAGCACAAUCCUGUAGCACAUACUCAAAUGUUAAAGGGAAUUUUAGACAAUGUAAUGACUUCAUUUAAUUCCCAGGCCUAAAAUAUGGAUAUCUAACAGUCACACAGAGCACAGUCUUCUUCCCCUUCCCACCAAGAUCCACAUUUUACAAAGGUUUUUAAUAAAAUGUUUGCAGUUCCAUAAACAUUGACUUGCAUUGAAUGUAUGGCUCUCGCAGUGAUGGGAGCCCAACCUCAACUAAAAUAGUUUAGCCCCAUAAUCCUGCAUAUAGCAGCUGAUGUAUUGUAUUAGCUUAAAUUUCUGUCUGAUUAAAUGUAUUGACUGGUGUUUUUAAGAUUUGAUAGCACCAAGCUAUGGUCAGAUUUUCCAGUUAAUCUGCAUUCCUUUGACUGAACAGCAUUGUUAUAGAUUUUUUUAAACUAGUUUUGCAAUCAAGAAUUUUAUACUAGGUAGUGGAACUGGCAGUUUGGUUUGUACAUGUUACGCAGUUAUAGGUUUUAAUUUUCUCUUUCCACCUCUAAGAUUCAGGCUUGGCAGCUCCAUCAUCAUCCAUGUUGGAAAUUAGAUGUUUGUUUCAUAACACGAAUGUAUUGACAAUACUAUUAGUUCUUAAGCUUAGUUCAUAAGAUCAAUCAAUAUGCUUACUAUAUAUCAUUUUAGAUUCAGCUUUUUAUUUAGUAUCAGUCUUUACUGUUGACAGUCCCUGAAACAGCAAGUGUAGAUGUGAUGAGAAAGUGCUUGAUAAAUGUCUGUUUAGUGACAAAGGCCUUAUCUAUAGAAUAGACUUUUUUCCCCGAGACUCUUCUGUUGCUUCUAAGAGAGGAUGAUACACCAGUAGUAGCAGCUGAAAAUUUCAGAGAAAAGUGCCCCCAUGUAAAUAACAGUCCUCCCAUCUUCUGUCACAAAUAUGAACCACUGCUUUUGGGAGAGACAUUUUAUACUAGUCUUUCAUCUCUGAAUUUAAAUCCUGGAGCUAGUAAUUAAACUCUUGCUUUCAGCAGCAACAUAUUUGACAAUCAUCCAAUUUAACUCCUAGAAGCUGGGGUAGGUAUGACUUCAGAGCAUGCCCGUAUCCUAGUGUGGGUUCUCUUCUCAUCUCUGUUUUGAGUGUGCUAGCUAAUUAAUUUUUGCAUGUUCCCAAUUGAUAGGACCUCAGACACCUUAUUUCAUAGCUGUUCUGUUAUCAGGUCCUCUUAGGUAGCAUGAAUUUUAUCAAAUCUAAAUCUUCUUUUCUUUAGUUUAAGCCCAUUACUGUGUCUAAUAAUCCUUAGUCAACUUCUGUUAAGACUUUUUCCUUUCAUUACAUUAUUUUGUGUGAAAUAUUGAGGAAAGAUGGCAGUGAAAUCAAAGUAAUUACCUAAUCUCAUGCAAAAUGUGUUUAAAGGGAGAUUUUCAAAGGAAAUAAUAGCAGGUAAGUUUCUAACUCCCAUGGAAAAUAAAUGGAAGAUAGGUACUUAACUGUGCCUUUAAAAAUCUUUCCCUGAAUCACUACUAACUCUUUAAAAUUUCUUGUGUAUAAAAAUGUAGGUAAGAAAUGAAGCAGGAAGCUGCCAUAUUGUCCACUAGCUUGAUUGUGUCCUUCAGGGCAGGAAGAACAGUGCUGUAGCCAGAGCCACAUAGAGCUCCUGAGGUUUUUUUAGGGGCAAGAAUUUCUGCCGGUGUUAAAUCUACAGUAGCAGGAAACCACAAAAGAUCCCUCCCUGCAGUUUACAGAAGUGGUGCUUUCAUUUUUGAAAACUGAUUGGGAAGUCAACACCAACUGGUUCCUGGUUGUAAGCAACAAGGCACAGCAAAUUUUGAAGAUCUCUUUAAUAUGCAUAAGUCUGCCGGUCUUGCCACCCUCCUGUCCCGCCCACACACACUCUCCUGAAUGGGAAUGCAUCACUCCCACCCUAUGACUGCUCCAGCACGUAAGUCCUGUUUAACACAAGCAUUAUAAAAGCACAGGAACAAGAAAUUCUCUACCUACCAGACGAUCAGCAGAAAAUACAAAGUCCCCUCUACUGGCAGUCCUGAAAAAGAGUACCACAGCAUGGCAGGACUUCAUAGACACAGAGCUAUGUAAGAAUCCUAAAGAAGGGAACCCAGGAAGUGCCACCUAACCCACAACGUUGCCUUCUGGGAAUCCCAGCUCUUGAAGAUUUUCUCCAUUCCCUUUCUUGCUAGUGCUUUUAAAACAGACAUACAAUGGAGAGAAGACAAGUGAGGACUUCAAGAAAUACUGGACCACCUUAAAAGGGCACUCUAGAAAGAAUCUGUAGGGUUGAAACCAGGCUUCAUCUUUCACACUCCAAAAGUACAUGUACAGGGAGCGUUUUUUGAACAACACGACCGUCCUCGAAAUAACACGGUUUCCCCAGCCGGCCUAUUGCUGGCAGCUGUGCAGGGCUUCCCCUGCCUCCCUGCAAAGCGGCGGAGGGUUUGCCACUUGCCAUGCCGUUUCCCACCAACUCCCCCUCGCCGGAUGCAGUACAUGUCCUGGCAGACCUGUCACAUGGGCAUACUCCCAACCCAAUCCCCCUUCCCUCUCCGCCUCUUCCCU